AUGCGAGAGGCGAUACAGCUCGAAGUCGAUACAACUUACCGCUUGCGGUCCUUGGCCAUCGGGCCAGAUGAGGAUGAUUGUCAGAUCCGUGAGCUCUACCGUCCGUUUCUCUUGCCUGACGCCUUUGCCGCGGACGAUUGGGUUGCGCAUCAGGAGCUCAGCACAGCUCUGAAGAUGGUUGAGUCGCAGAUUCUGGACAAACAGCAGGACCGGCUGCGGAUUCUCGUUCUUUAUGGCAGCUUGAGAAGCAGAUCCUAUUCGCGUCUGCUGGCGUUCGAAGCCGCCAGGAUACUCUUUCGCCUAGGCUGCGAUGUCCGAGUCUACGACCCAGCCGGCUUGCCACAGAAAGAUGACGUCCAGCAUGGCCAUCCCAAGGUGCAGGAGCUGCGCGACCUCAGCAAGUGGAGUGACGGCCACGUAUGGAUCAGCCCCGAGCAGCACGGCAACUUGACGGGUAUUUUCAAGCAGCAAAUCGACUGGAUCCCAUUGUCAUCGGGAGCGGUGCGGCCGACCCAGGGCAGGACUCUUGCCGUUGCGCAGGUCAGUGGCGGGUCGCAGUCGUUCAACGCCGUGAACUCGCUGCGAAUUCUUGGUCGUUGGAUGCGCAUGUUUGCUAUCCCCAACCAGAGCUCUGUGCCGAAGGCGUACACACAAUUCACUUCUGAAGAGGAGGGCAGCCGCAUGAUGCCCAGCUCGAAUCGCGACCGUCUUGUCGAUUGCAUGGAGGAGCUGGUCAAGUACACGAUUGUCAUGAGGCCUCAUUUUGACUUGUUUGGCGAUCGCUACAGCGAGCGUGAGGAGCGGAGGCUAAAGGCUCUGCAAAAAUAG